UGUGUGUGUGUGUGUGUGUGUGUUGCUGCAGCCAGCCCCAGCGUCAUGGCUGCAGGCGUCACAGGAAGUGUUUCUGUCGCUCUUCAUCCGCUCGUCAUCCUCAACAUCUCCGACCACUGGAUACGGAUCCGCUCCCAGGAGGGCCGGCCGAUGCAGGUGAUCGGCGCUCUGAUCGGGAAGCAGGAGGGCAGAAACAUCGAGGUGAUGAACUCCUUCGAGCUGCUGUCUCACACCAUCGACGACAGAGUUCAUAUUGACAAGGAGUACUACUACACCAAGGAGGAGCAAUUCAAGCAGGUGUUUAAAGAGAUGGAGUUCCUGGGCUGGUACACCACCGGGGGUCCGCCUGAUGCCUCAGACAUCCACAUCCACAAGCAGGUGUGUGAGAUCAUCGAGAGUCCUCUCUUCCUGAAGCUCAACCCCAUGACCAAACACACCGAUCUUCCUGUUAGUGUUUAUGAGUCUGUGAUUGACAUCAUCAAUGGCGAGGCCACCAUGUUGUUUGCUGAGCUGACGUACACUCUGGCCACGGAGGAGGCGGAGAGGAUCGGCGUUGACCACGUGGCUCGGAUGACCGCCACGGGCACCGGAGAAAACUCAACAGUUGCUGAACAUCUCAUAGCUCAGCACAGCGCCAUAAAGAUGCUCCACAGCCGCGUGAAGAUCAUUCUAGAGUACGUCAAAGCCGUGGAGUCAGGUGAGGUUCCCUUUAACCACGAGAUCCUGCGGGAAGCCAACGCUCUGUGCCACAGGUUGCCGGUCCUCAGCACCAUAAAAUUCAAAACGGACUUCUAUGAUCAAUGUAACGACGUGGGCCUGAUGGCGUAUCUAGGCACCAUCACCAAGACGUGCAACAGCAUGAACCAGUUCAUCAACAAGUUCAACGUGCUGUACGACCGGCAGGGCAUCGGCCGCCGCAUGAGAGGACUCUUCUUCUAGUCCCGCAGAGACACCAGGAGCCAGAAAGUUUCUUUGGGUUUUUUCUCUGUUUUUUUGUUUGGCUAAAACCAAUUCUACAGUAGCUCUUCAGGUGUACCAUUCUACCAUUUUCAACCACAAAAGUGUAUCAGAAAGCACUUAAUUACACCAAUCAGCAAAAGAUAUGUACAAAAACGCUCAACUCUUUUUGGGUAUGCACAGAAAUGAAUCCACUGUACAUGAACGUUAUAUUAUUUUACCCUGUUUGUUUUAUUGUUUCAUGUUUCUGUAUGUAAUAAAUGAUCUGCUGAUUUUUUCAUGGGA